AUGGCUUCAAAGGGGGAAAAUACCAAUCACGGCAACUACGAACAGAGAAAAGCUAUAUUCUCAAAGGCUUCGCUUGCCAGUCUGAAGCAAGUCUGCUCAGUCAGGGCGUUGACGCCAGAGGCUCUGAUCCUCUUUGGUGCUCAUCAAACCUUGAAGGGUCUCGGAGGUGGCUCUACCACUGUCUCUGCUUCUUUGUUUCCCCAAUGCAACGAGAGCUCGUGGCAAUAUGCCUGGACUGCCCUCACCUCCAUGGUGGAUCACACUACCCGGAACAUCCAGACAGUGGAUGCAGCCUUGGUAAAAAACGCGACUCCUUUCCCACGGUUCUCGUGCGACGGUCCUGACAUGGAGCUUGUGGAGGCAGAGCGUCUCGUGAAGUCGGGCCUCCUUGACAUUGUUGUCGUCUUUGAAUAUGGCAGAGAGAACGCACUGCUGCCCCAUUUUCCACUCAUUCUUGGAGUCAACAUCAAGGACCAAGCCUGGGAGCUUACAAUCGGAUAUGACCAUUCUCUAUUUGACGCAAUAGUCAUUGAAAGUAUUCUGAGUGCGUUCCACACAGUCUUGAUGGCUACGACCAUGCCAUCGCAACUUGUCAAGAAUAUUGAGCUCCUGUCUUGUGAACAAGAGGCUCGUUUGACUGAAUGGAACAAUACCGAUGGCAAGUAUCCAUCUCAGAAACGGCUCAAUCAUCUUUUUGAAGACAUUGCAACACAGCAAGGGGACAAAGUUGCGCUCAUCUACGGCGAAAAGCGAAUCACGUAUGACGCUCUGAAUGUGCGCGCCAACGGCCUCGCUCAGCAGAUCUCUUCUCUCAGCGUCCUGCCCGAGCAACUUAUUGUUUUGUUCCUCGAAAAAAGCGACAUGAUGAUCGCAACCAUCCUGGGAGUGUGGAAAUCUGGCGCAGCCCACGUGCCUGUUGACCCUGCCUACCCGGAUGAGCGUGUCCGCUUCGUGCUCAACGAUACGCAGGCUCGGGUCAUCGUUGCAAGUCGGCGUUAUACCAAGCGGCUGAGGGAAAAUGUUGUCGAGGACAGGGAAAUUCGCAUCUACGUCAUCGAGGAUUUACUGGCAGCCGUUGACCAAACAACAAGGACGUCCGCAGGCUGCACCAACAUUGCACCCCCCACUCCCCUCACAAGCAAACAGUUGGCGUAUGUCACCUAUACUUCUGGCACCACCGGGCUCCCAAAAGGUAUAUACAAGGAGCACACCAGUGUUGUCAAUAGCAUCACGGAUCUGGCGGGUCGAUAUGGCAUUGCCGGAGCUAACGAUGAAGUUGUCUUGCUCUUCUCCGCCUACGUCUUUGAGCCCUUUGUGCGACAAAUGUUGAUGGCACUGACUACGGGUAACACACUCGCUAUCAUCAGCGACGAGGAAAAAUUCGACCCAGACACUCUGCUUCCAUUCAUCAAAAGCAACCAUGUCACUUACCUCAACGGGACGGCGUCGGUGCUGUUGGAGUACGACUUCUCGUCAUGUGCAUCGCUGAAGCGCAUUGUCUUGGUCGGCGAAACACUCACCGAUGCGCGUUAUCAGGCGCUCAGACAGCGAUUCCGAGGCUGUAUACUCAGCGAAUAUGGAUUCACCGAGUCGGCUUUCGUCACCGCGUUGAAAUCAUUUGAUUUUAAUUCUCAAAGAACAGACAUGAGCCUGGGGCGACCUGUGCGGAACGUCAAGUGCUACAUUCUCGGCCCAAGCCUGAAAAAGGUGCCAAUUGGAGUACCAGGAGAACUAUACGUGGGCGGCCUGGGCAUUUCACGUGGCUACAUGAAUCGCCCAGAGCUCACAAGACAGAAGUUCCUGCUCAAUCCCUUUCAGACGGCUCAAGAAAAGGGCAUGGGCGUCAAUGGCCUGAUGUACAAGACCGGGGACUUGGCACGCUGGCUCUCCAACGGUGAAGUUGAGUAUCUAGGCCGCGCCGACUUUCAGAUCAAACUUCGCGGGAUUCGGAUCGAGCCUGGGGAGAUCGAAUCGAACAUUGCGACGUAUCCCGGUGUCCGGGCCAGUGUCGUCGUGUCAAAGAAGCUGCUUAGCCAAGGAAAAGAAACCAGCCAGGAUCACUUGGUCGGAUAUUAUGUCUGCGAGCAGGAUCCAGUGUCAGAAGCCGAUCUGAUUUUCUUUUUGGAAACCAAACUUCCACGGUACAUGAUCCCUACGCGAUUGGUUAUGCUACAAACCAUUCCCGUCACUGUCAACGGCAAGGCUGAUCUGCGUGCGUUGCCUGCGGUCGAAGUCGAGGCAGGCUCAAACGGCUCGUCAGAAGAGCACCUCGACGAGCUCGAGGCACGCUUGGCCCAGGUCUUUCGGACAAAGACGCUUGCGAACAUGGCAAAGCUCUUGCGUACUCAGAAACGAGACUCGCAAUCAGUGUCCAACGGAGCCAAGAGCCAGCCGCACACGAACGGUGUCAACGGGGCUGCAGACAAGGGAACGACAUCUUCUGGGCGCCAUUUGCCAGUGGAGGGCAUCGAAGAUGCUAUUGGACUUUUCAUCAACACACUACCCUUGAUCGUCGACCAUGGCUACAUUGGCAGUCAGAACAUGACUGUUCUUGAAGCCCUGGUCUAUGUCCAAGAAAAAGCCAACGAGAUGAAUCUCCGCAGCAACGCUGAGCUUGGGCGUUUGCUGAAGGCUGAUUUGAAGCAUGGUUUGUUUGACUCACUCUUCGUGCUUGAGAACUACCCCAAUCUGGACACGGACCGGGAAAUCCACCGCCAACAAUUGCGGUAUACGAUUGAGGGCGGGUUGGAAAAGCUCAGCUACCCACUUGCAGCGAUUGCCAGGGAGGUUGCCAAUGACAGCUGCUCCUUCACCUUGUGCUAUGCUGGCGAACUGUUCUCCGACGAGAGCGUCCAUACACUCUUGCAGACGGUUCGGGACGUAUUUGAAUGUGUGUCAAAGAACCUCCACAUGGAUGUGGGCAGCUUUGAGUUUCUAUCAGACAAGGAACGAACCAAACUCGACCAAUGGAAUGCCACGGAGUGCGAGUAUCCAAACGCAACGUUGCAUGCUUUGUUCGAAGUCGAAGCCCAACGAAAACCAGACAAGGUGGCCGUUGUGUACGAAGACCAGCGGUUGACAUACCGAGAGCUGAAUAGUCGCGCAAACUCAUUGGCGUAUGAACUUCUCCAGAGGGUACCUGUCCAACCAAAUAAAAUCAUUGCCCUGGUCAUGCAAAAGAGCGAGCACAUGAUCACCAAUAUCUUGGCAAUCUGGAAGACAGGCGGUGCCUACGUGCCGAUUGACCCUGCCUACCCGGACGAUCGUAUCCAAUACAUCCUGCAAGACACGGGAGCUCUGGCAGUCAUCACUGACGUCCAGUAUGUGGAGCGCAUGCGUCGAGUAGCGCGACAUGAUGUUCUGGUGCUGGAGUCUGAUUUUGGUUCCCGCCUCGAACAAGCUGCCCUUCAUCCAGCUAUAGCAAGCAGCCCUGCAGAUUUGGCAUACAUCAUGUACACUUCUGGGACCACCGGGAGGCCGAAAGGUGUCAUGGUGGAGCAUCAUGGUGUUGUGAAUUUGUGUGCCUCGCUCAGCAAGAUAUUUGGCUUACAAGAUACCGACGACGAAGUCAUCCUGUCAUUCUCCAAUUACGUCUUUGAUCACUUCGUUGAGCAGAUGACGGAUGCAUUGCUCAACGGCCAGACCCUCGUGGUGCUCAAUGACGAUAUGAGAGGCGACAAGGAAAGGUUAUACAGGUAUAUUGAAACUAACCGCGUCACUUACCUCUCUGGCACGCCAUCGGUCAUAUCCAUGUACGAGUUCGACAGAUUUGCAUCAUACUUGAGACGCAUCGACUGUGUUGGCGAGGCAUUCAGUGAGCCAGUCUUUGAGAAAAUUCGCAGCACGUUCUCGGGACUCAUCAUCAACGGCUACGGGCCGACCGAGGUGUCUAUCACAACAAAUAAGCGGCUUUAUCCGUUCCCAGAGCGACGUACCGACAAGAGUAUUGGGCAACAGAUUGCGAAUAGUACCAGCUACGUUGUUGAUGGUCAGAUGAAACGUGUCCCCAUCGGUGCUGUGGGUGAGCUCUACCUCGGCGGCGACGGAGUUGCUCGGGGCUAUCACAACCGGUCCGAUCUAACAGCGGAGAGGUUUCCAAUGAACCCUUUCCAGAAUGAGAUCGAGAAAGCUCAAUGUCGCAAUGGACGUCUGUAUAAGACCGGGGACUUGGUCCGAUGGAUCGGCGAAGGCGAAAUUGAGUAUCUGGGACGCAAUGACUUCCAGGUCAAGAUCCGAGGUCAGCGUAUCGAGCUCGGGGAAAUUGAGGCAGUACUCUCAUCCUAUCCCGAGGUCGACCAAUCUGUAGUUCUAGCAAAGAGCAGCGAAACAGAUGGCCAGAAUCAGCUCCUUGGUUACUUUGUAUCUGCUGGGUCAUUAUCCACUCGAGCAAUCCGUCGAUUCAUGCUUGGGCGACUUCCGGACUACAUGGUUCCCGCCAAACUCGUGAGGAUCGACAAGGUUCCGGUCACAGUAAGCGGAAAGCUUGACUCUAAGGCUCUCCCAGUACCGAAAGAGGCAGACCAGGAUGAGAUAAUUGCGCCCCGUACCGAAAUCGAGCAGAUAUUGGCCAAUAUCUGGUCUGAGCUCCUGGAAAUACCCCUAGCAACCAUUGGCAUAUACAGCGAUUUUUUCGGGCUAGGCGGCGACAGCCUCAAGAGCACCAGGUUCUCCUUUGCUGCGACCACGGCGCUGGGUGUCUCAGUCACUGUGCGUGACUUAUUCAGCCAUCCGACCAUUGAGGCAAUGUCAAACUGGGUUGUUCGAGGCUCGGAUGGCCACAGUGACGUUGCAAGCCUGCAAGGCCAUGCUCUCAACAAUCUUCCCAUCUCACCGGCUCAGGAACGGCUCAUUUUUCUUCACGAGUUCAAUACGGAUGGCCGUGCUCAGAACGGAGCGUACAACGUUCCCUUCCAUCUCCGCCUCCGAGACGACGUUGUCACUGACGCCUUCCAGCAGGCAAUUCAUGACGUGGUUGCGAGACAUGAAGCACUCAGAACAUUAUUUAAGUGCUCCAACUCUCAAUACCGCCAAGAAAUUAUUGAUCAAAAUACGGCCAAAUAUCGUCUAAAGAUGGAAACCUUGACCGACCUCUCGCCGUCUGAGAUGGAAGUCCAAAUGGCUCUGUUCGACACGCACAGCUUCAGCAUCGGCAGUGAGCUCCCCAUCCGCGUGCAAUUCUACCAGCCAUCAAACGCGGGUGGAAGCUUGCCGACAUUCCUUAGCAUUCUGUUCCACCAUCUGGCGUUCGAUUCUUGGUCUUGGGACAUAUUCGAGAGAGAUCUUCAAGUCCUAUACUCCGCUCGGUGCGGGAGUCCAAGCCCCAGCAGCCUGCCGAUCCUACGUGUUCAAUACAAGGAGUAUGCUGUGGAGCAUCAGAAAAUACUCACUUUUGAUAAACGGUGUUCUCUCGAGAGCUAUUGGCUCCAAAAGCUAGCCGACCUUGAGCCUCUGCGGCUUGUGACGGAUCGUCCUCGUCCCUCUCAGUUCGACUUCUCCGGGAGUGAUGUCCGGAUCAAUGUCGAACAAGAAACAGUCAUCAAGUUGAGAGAGCUCGCAAAACGUGAGGGCACAACGCUGUAUACGGUGGUAUUGUCGGCCUUCAUGUUGCUUGUCAACGUCUACACCAACCAACAGGACAUUACCAUCGGAAUACCAAUGUCCCAUCGCAUGCACCCCGACUUCGGAUCUUCAAUUGGGUUUUUUGUUAAUCUACUCCCUCUACGCGUGCAAGUAGCGCAAAAGAACUUCUGUCAACUUGUCAGAGAUGUACGGAAAGCGCUUCUGGAUUCCCAUGUCCAUCAAGAUCUUCCUUUCCAAGAAAUCACUAAGCUUCUUGAGCAUCGGCACGACCCAAGUCGCCACCCUCUCGUCCAGCUGGUCUUCAACUGGGAGGCUGCCGCGGAGAGAGGUGGACCCGAAGACAGUUUAAUGACUGAAUACUGUCCCUCCAAUCCUCUUCCCUCUGCGGCCAAAUUUGACCUGAACGUGUCCGUCAAAGAAACCAAAGGUUUGCUGAAUGUCAACUUCAACUACCCUACGGCUUUGUUCGACGCAGAUACUAUCGAAGGAUUUAUUGGGACAUUCAUUCACAUUCUCAAGGAAGUUGCCUUCAUGGAUGCUGAAAGUCGACUGGACAGGCUGCCUGCUUUCGAGCCGACGUUCCACAUGAACGGACAUCUGGGGGGCAACAUGGUCGAAAACCAGUCUGGGUGCUCUUCACUUGUGGAGCUAUUCGAACUUCAAGUCGAGCUUCGUCCAGAUGACAUAGCAGUCGUGAGCAGUGCCGGCAUCUUCACCUAUGCCGAGGUGAAUAGGAGAGCGAACCAGCUCGCACGGUUGAUCACUUCCUCCUAUGUACUCAAGAGAGACGAUCGAAUAGCUCUUCUCAUGGGCAAGGACAUCGACAUGGUCAUCUCGAUUCUGGCUGUUUGGAAAUCUGGUGCUGCAUACAUCCCUCUGGAUCCAAGCUAUCCGCCACAACGAAUUGCUCUUAUUCUCCAGGAGUCAAAUCCACGGGCCCUUCUGACGAAAACGGACAAUUAUUUUGAGCUUCAAACACCGUGCAAAGUCCCAGUUCUUGUUAUUGACGAAGCGGGGAUCCAGGAGAGACUCAAGGAGAUUUCUGAGAACUAUUCUUCAGUAUCUCUGCGCAGGCCUUCGGACAUGGCCUACAUUAUCUUUACCUCGGGGACGACUGGGAAGCCAAAGGGUGUCAUUGUCGAGCACGGGAGCGUCAUUCAAUUCCGCAAUGCUCUUCUUGAACGAUAUUUUUCCGGCAAUACAGGGUCACAAGCGGUUCUGUUCCUUUCCAACUACGUCUUUGACUUCUCCCUUGAGCAAUUGUCGCUGUCUAUACUUAGCGGCAACAAGCUGGUCAUUCCGCCCGAGGAGGGCGUAACGCAUGAAGCGUUCUACGAGCUUGCCACGGAGCAACAGCUGUCCUACGUGAGUGGAACUCCAUCAGUGCUGCAGCAGAUCUGUCUUUCGCGACUUCCACAUCUCCGAAUGAUUACCUCCGCAGGCGAGGAGCUCCAGCGCAACCAAUACGAUACCAUGCGCGCUCAGUUCAAGGGUAUCAUCAACAACGCUUAUGGCAUCACGGAAACGACGGUGUACAACAUUGUCACCACUUUCAAUGACACGGAGCCGUUCACAAAGGCGCUUUGUGAUUCACUGCCGGGGACUGAGCUUUUUGUGCUCAAUGACCGUCUCCAGGAACUUCCAGCUGAUGCUGUUGGUGAACUCCACAUUGGAGGGCAGUGUCUUGCACGCGGUUACCUUAAUCAAGACACUCUCACAAAUGACCGGUUCAUUCAUCAUCCAUUCAAGCGCCUCCCAGAGAGCAGUGGCAUGCGACAAGAGAGGCUGUACAAGACGGGAGACUUGGUACGGAAACGUCGUUCGGGCUUUCUCGAAUAUUUGGGAAGACGUGACCAGCAAGUGAAGUUGCGCGGUUUUCGGAUCGAGCUUUCCGAAAUCAGGGAGAGUGUUCUUUCCAUCCCCCAAGUCAAGGACUCGGCUGUAAUUGCCCUCUACGAUGAAACCGAGUCGAGUUCCCGCGUUGCGAAGGGUCUCGCCUGCUACUACACCGUCGAGAACGACAAGGACCUGUCAUCUUUGGAGAUACACACAGCGCUCCUAUCGAGGCUUCCAUCAUUCAUGGUUCCAGGGCAAUUACAUCAGGUCCAGGGGUCACUUCCGGUGACAGUAAAUGGCAAGAUAGACGUGUCUCGUCUGGCCCAGACAAGGAAACCACAGAGCAUCAAGUCAACCACCGCACCACGGAAUGACCUUGAGAAAACCCUCUGUCAGCUUUGGGCUUCACUUUUGAACAUCAGCCACUGUGGAAUUGACGACGAUCUUUUUGCAUUGGGCGGGGACAGCAUCUCAUCCCUUCGGCUUGUCGGAGAUGUGCACAGCACGCUCGGUCGCAAAAUCACCGUCAAGGACAUUUUCCUCCACAGGACGGUUCGCGCCUUGAGCGAAAAUGUUCUCUCAGCUCAGCCUGCAGCCGAACUCAACGGUUAUUACACGAACAAGCCAAGCCGCAGCGCUACAGGCGACGCCCCUCUGACACCUAUCCAGCGAUGGUUCCAGAGAAAGGAUUUACAGCAUCCUGAGUUUUGGAAUCACUGUUUCACUAUAAGGACACCUAUUCUCUCUGUGGAUCAAUUGCAAAACGCGUUGAAGCUGCUUCAAGAUCGACAUGAUGUUCUUCGAAUGCGGCUGAAACCAGAGGAUGGAAACAACGUGCAGAGCUUCCCACCCGACUGUCAGGAGCCCGAUAUCUCUGUUCUUGAUGCCUCAAGUUUUGAAAGCACAGAGGCUUUGAGCGAGGUACUGGGAAAAAUAAACUCACGCCUUGAUCUUUACGAGGGACCAUUAUACGCGAUGGCUUACAUCCCCGGUCUCGAGGACGGUUCAGCGCGUAUUUGGUGCGCUUUUCACCAUCUCAUCAUGGACACAGUGAGCUGGAACAUAAUCUGCACCGACCUGGAAGCAUUGUAUCAUGGGAAAGGCCUAGGUCUGAAAGGUGGCAAUGUUCAGGAGUGGGCACUAGCACUUGCCGAGUACAACAUGACCCUUGCUGAAAAAGCGUACUGGAACAUGGCUCGGAGGAAAAUGACGGAAGGUUUCAAAAAGCUUCCUCAAUUUUCUCAGUCUCGAUUCCAGCGGGCAUGGAAGAUGACGAGUCGGGACACAGCCUCCCUCACGCGACUUGCUUCGGUCCUCGACACCUCUAUGCACGAUAUUCUACUGGUGGCAGUCAGCCGCGGCUUGCAGGACACGACACAGCAUUCACCAGGUUUUAUCGCAAUUGAAUCGCACGGCCGUGAGGAGAUUUUCGGGGCAUCUUUGGACGUGAGUCGGGCAGUUGGCUGGUUCACCAGCAUGUACCCCUUCGAAAUUCCGGUGGUAGAUGAUCUGGUCCAGGGCAUCAUCGACGUCAAGACCCGUGCUUCACAGGUACCCCGCAAUGGCAUUGCUUAUGGGCCUAUCUUCGGCUAUGAUCAAGAUUCUCUUCCACUGGUCUCCUUCAAUUAUCUAGGUCGCUUGGGCAAGCGAAAGAUGAAUGCCAGCGAGUGGAUGUUGGUCCACGAAGAGGGAUAUCCUCAAGGGCUUUGCACCAGCCCCGCCGACGCAAACAAAAGUGGCUCAAUGAUUGACUUGACUUUUUCUAUUCAGAACGACCAGCUGACAGCCGAGGUUGACUGUGGUUGGGGUCAGGAGGCUUUGAAGCAGCUCACACUUUCGAUCCAACAGACAUUGACUGAGCUGACUACGACCAGCCCUCAGGACCCUGCGGCUGCUGUCAGACCACAGAACACCCAUCAUUCUGGAUACACUCCCUAUUUCAUCUUUGAGGGCGAGUCCAGGUCCGGGCGGCCUCUUUUCCUUCUACCGCCAGGCGAGGGGGGCGCAGAAAGCUAUUUCCGCAACGUUAUUCAAAGUUUGCCAGAGCGAAACAUGGUGGCUUUUAACAACUAUUAUCGCGAGCACAAAGACCUCGACACGAUUGAGCAGCUCGCUGAGUACUAUCUCUCACUUAUAAGAGACGUUCAACCCGAAGGUCCUUACGACAUCCUGGGAUGGAGCUUUGGUGGUAUCAUCGGGCUCGAAGUGGCAGCUCGGUUGAUCGAUGGAGGGGAGAGCAUACGCAUGCUUGGCCUAAUUGACCCAUUCUUUGAUAUCACUUCGGCCACAAAGGCCAUCGACCACAAGGGCACCAUUCUGGACCCGAUCUACGAUGUUUACCAGCCGCCAACAAAUGCGUUCCAGGCCGUCGAAGAGCGCGCAGAGCACAUUGUCCUUUUCAAGGCUACCACAUAUGAUGAGAAGCACCAGUCUGCCCCCGAGCGACAGCUUUUCAAGUGGUACGCAGCUAGUCCAGCAAACAAUCUGGACAACUUUUGGAACAACUCGACUGCUUCUCUGUCUCUCUUCGUCACCAAACUGUGGAAGAAUCAGUCCUCCAUUGACGAAGUGGAAACUAUCAUACUCGUUGAAGAUAUGAAUCGCAAAGCGCCUGCCUUUGGCGUCAGUGGACUGCUCUAG